AUGGCGUCUCUCUUAGCCAACGGCAUAUCGAGCUUCCCUUCGAAACCCAUCUCCGAUUCUCCCAAGCUCCACAAACCCUUUUCAUCGAAGACCCUAAUUUCCAAGCCUCUCAGGACGCCCAACUUCCUCAAAGUCCGAGCAGAUGUCAGUUUGGAUCCAACCGCCACCAUCACUUCCGAUUCAGGUAACCUCCCUUCAACUUCCACCCUUAGCUCCGAUGAAAAAAUCAAAGAAAUCCUUCGUAAUCGCGAUUACAAGAAGAAAUUCGGGUUUACGAUGGAUAUCGAUUCCUUCUCGAUCCCGAAGGGUCUUUCCGUUGAAACAAUCAGGUUGAUUUCCUCGCUGAAAGAGGAACCUGAAUGGAUGCUUGAUUUCAGACUGAAAGCCUUCGAGAAGUUCCUGGAAAUGAAAGAACCCAAUUGGUCUGAUAAUCGAUACCCGCCGAUUAACUUCCAAGACCUCUGCUACUACUCAGCUCCUAAAAAGAAACCCACUUUGAAUAGCCUCGAUGAAGCUGACCCAGAGCUCCUUAAGUACUUUGAUAAAUUAGGCGUUCCCCUGAAUGAACAGAAUAGACUAGCGAAUGUUGCUGUUGAUGCUGUUCUUGAUAGCGUAUCAAUAGCUACAACUCAUAGGAAGACUCUAGAAAAGGCUGGUGUGAUCUUCUGUUCAAUAUCUGAGGCAAUACAGAAGUACCCCGAUUUGGUGAAGAAGUAUCUGGGUAAAGUUGUGCCAAGUGAGGAUAACUACUACUCAGCUUUGAAUUCUGCAGUGUUUAGCGAUGGUUCAUUUCUCUAUAUACCGAAGGAUACAAAGUGCCCUAUGCAGGUUUCCACCUACUUUAGAAUCAAUGCAAUGGAAACGGGGCAGUUUGAGAGAACUUUGAUUGUUGCUGAUGACCGGAGUUUUGUUGAGUACUUGGAAGGGUGUACUGCGCCUUCUUAUGAUACUAACCAGCUUCAUGCUGCUGUGGUUGAGUUGUACUGUGCUGAGAGUGCUGAGAUUAAGUACUCUACUGUACAGAAUUGGUAUGCUGGCGAUGAGGAAGGGAGAGGUGGGAUCUAUAAUUUUGUUACUAAGCGUGGACUUUGUGCUGGGGAUCGAUCUAAGAUAUCUUGGACUCAGGUGGAGACGGGUUCUGCGAUUACUUGGAAGUACCCUAGUGUGAUCUUGGAAGGUGAUAACACUGUGGGGGAGUUCUAUUCGGUUGCUUUGACUAAUAAUUAUCAGCAGGCAGAUACUGGGACUAAGAUGAUUCACAAGGGGAAGAAUACAAAGAGUCGGAUUAUAUCGAAGGGUAUUUCCGUUGGGCAUUCGAGAAACUGUUAUAGGGGUCUUGUCCAGGUUCUGUCAAAAGCUGAUAAUGCCAAGAAUUCAUCUCAGUGUGACUCGAUGCUUAUUGGUGAUACUGCUGCUGCCAACACCUAUCCUUAUAUCCAGGUGAAGAAUCCCACAGCUAGGGUGGAACAUGAAGCCACCACAUCCAAAAUCGGAGAGGAUCAACUGUUCUACUUUCAGCAGAGGGGAAUCAACUAUGAAAGGGCGAUGGCUGCGAUGAUUUCUGGGUUCUGCAGAGAUGUGUUCAAUGAGCUUCCUGAUGAAUUUGGGGCGGAGGUGAAUCAGUUGAUGAGCUUAAAGCUUGAAGGUUCCGUUGGUUAA